CAACAACAAUUUCAAUAUCCAUAACUAGUGAUAGAUGUGGUACUUCAGUGCUGCAGCUUUUGGUUGAAAAAAACACCAGAAACAGGAAGUGUUUCAGGAAGGACAAGCUGUGUGAAAUGUUUCUGUGCACUGCAGUUUUUAGUUAAUCUGUGCUGGUACUGAUAAUUGACACAGAGCAGCUGUCAUGUCAGCUAUGGGGAGCAUACAGCAGAGAAACCUACGCUAUUUGGCCCUUGUCUUUUUCCUCCUGACCGCUUCUUCACCUGCUGCAGGUGUUCAGAUCAGACUAGCUGGGUCCGGGUCUACUCGGUGCUCUGGGAGAGUUGAAAUCUAUCACAACAACACCUGGGGAACAGUCUGUGAUGACAGGUGGGACUUAAAUGAUGCUGAGGUGGUGUGCAGGGAGCUGGGCUGUGGUGGAGCACUGAGGACUGCUCAGUCGACCCAUUUUGGUCAAGGAACCGGUCAAAUCUGGCUUGAUGAUGUGGCCUGUUCAGGAAGUGAAAGGUCUCUAACUGAGUGUCAGCAUGGAGGAUUUGGGUCACACAACUGUAACCAUGGUAAGGAUGCUGGUGUGGUCUGUUCAGGUGAGAAAACAUUUCAGAUAAAGUAUUUUGAAUAAAUGUAUCCUUUUCUGUGUAUUUUAGCAGCUCUGUCACCGAGUCAUUGUGGUGUGAAAUGUAACACUGUUCAGAUGCAGCACUAUAUGAGCUUCUAACCACACCCUGCAGAAUGCUUUUAGAAUUGAAGAGCAGAAUAACAAGUGGGAAAUGUUGCUCAAUACAGUAAAUGAAACUGUAAUGUAGGUGAUGAAGUUCAUCGAGUGUUUGAUCUACUGUGAAAAGUGUUUUAUAUUUCUCACAGUCUGUAUGGGUGAUGCAAAGUAUAAUGAAUCAUAACCUUUGCCAAAUUUGUCUUACAGUAACGGUUUCUGUCAUGACUAAAUGACAAACAAACACAUGUUCUAUCCAGCACUGAUUUGUCUUCUGU